CCUGCCGCCCCGCAGGUUCAUCACUGGCCUGAGCCUCGGGAUGCCGUUGCAGGCUUCCAAGAUCUACGUGGCGGAGAUCUCUAACGCCAGCAUCCGCGGCACGGCGUGCACCUUUAUAGAGAUGGUAAAGCUGGGCGGCUUAAUGCUGGUGGUCGCGGUGAAUAUCAAGGUGUCCUGGUACGUCAUCGCCGGCGGCCUCGCUGUGCUGAUGCUGGUGUACGGCGGCGCCAUGCUGGCCGUGCCCGAGAGCCCCAACUUCCUCGCCGUGCAGGGCAGGGAAGAAGAGGCCCGCCGAGUCCUCCGGCGAUUCCGAGGCCCCGGGGCGGACGUGGACGCGGAGCUGGCCCUCCUGAGGCACCGCAACCAGCGCAGCGACGGAGCCUCGGGGUUCGCGGCGCUGCUCAAGCGGGACGUGCUGAGGAGCGUGGCGGCGCUGCUGCUGCUGAUUACGUUUCGGAGCAUGUGUGGCUGCGAGAUGAUCACCGUGCACUGCACACGCAUGCUGCUGGCCACCGGCGUCACCCUGGACCACACGCUGGGCACCCUCAUCGUCAACUCGGCCUACGUGCUCGGGGGGCUCUGCCUCACCAUGACGGUGGACCGCCUGGGCCGCCGCCGGUCCAUGCUGGUGUCCCUCGCCGUCAUGCUGGCGGGCAACACCGUGCUGGGCUGCUACUGCUACUUCUUCCCGGCGAGCGCCGUGCCCGGGCUGGACAUCGAGCUCUUGUCUCCGCUGGACGCCAACACGACGGUCUCCUACCUCGCCGGCAACACGACUGUUCCCUACAUCGCCGGGCAGAGUGACACCGGUGACGCGGAGCGGCUGCUGCCGCUGCUCUGCUUCCUGGCCGUCGCCUUCGGGGCCGGCCUGGGCAUCGCCAACAUUCCUCUGGUGCUGGCGGUCGAGUACUUCCCGACCAACAUCAGGGCCGAGGGCUGCGGGCUGUGCCUGGUGUGGACGGCGUUGUGCACCACAGUCAUGCUGCAGCUUUACAGCGUCCUCCUGGACAGCCUCACCAUCGCCGGCAUCUACUGGUUCUUCGCUCUCAGCGCCAUGGCCGCCACGGUGCACACGCUUUGCUGCAUCAGGGAGACCAGCAAGUGCGACAUUGGCUGAGGCGGGGUGAGAGAGAGAGAGAGAGAGAGAGAGAGAGAGAGAGAGAGAGAGAGAGAGAGAGAGAGAGAGAGAGAGAGAGAGAGUGUGUGUGUGUGUGUGUGGCAAGUGCCUCCACUACAUUGGCUGAGGUCCAGUGACAACUCCCCCUAAGCCCGUGUUGGUCUCCACGACACACUCCCGGAGGGUCGUGCGGUGCGUCUCCAGGCGCUGCGACACACACGGGCGGGCGCCACGCACCCGCGACACCUCCGGGGAGAGGCACACACAAACACUGCAGAUAAAGCACAUUCAGACAUCAUCUCCCAAACGAAGCAAUGAGCGCGAGUAUGCAGCGCCGCCAGCCUAUACAGAGAGAGUCGGUUUCACGAGAGCUGGCGGCCUAAGCCUUCAGGGGUGGACUCGCGGUCUUGGUAAAAUUGCUUAGGUGAUGGCCGCGCGGCCGGGUGGGUCUAUGGGCUGUAUUUUAAGACACCAUCGCUUCUCACAUCAACCCUUUCUAAAGAUCAAAGAGGGGAUCAAUCUGUUUUUCAUGAGUGUUUUUAAGGUUCAUGGCACAGAAGAAGGGUCAAACUACCACCAGGGUCAUAAAACUACCCCUGGAAAGGCUUACAGUUCCUACGAAAGCCAUGUCAAAUAUAUGAACUUGGGCGACGAAAUGUUUUAAAAUACGACCCUAUGAGCCAUAUCUUCACACCAGCGGUUUUUUCCCGUGCGGUUGGUCUGCAGCAGUGCAAAGAAUACUUGUAAGUUUGUCGGUGUUUUCUCGAGAUGGAGGACGCACAGAAGAGUGAUCAAUGUGUAUAUAAUGGACAGGGGGUUAAUAAAGGAGAGGCUACGUACUGUACAUGGCGGACCCACCCAACAAUCAGCUCGAGGCAUGGAGGUAAAAUUAUUGGUGGAGUCGACACGGCCCGCUAACCCCAUGCAUUGAGGUGAAGCCGACGAACUGUCAAAUUUGCGGCCAGAAGAUGGGGGAUGCCCGGCCGGGUGAGAACCUGAGCACUUUGGGAGCAGCGAGUAGCAGGCUUUUUUUAUUAUUGUUUUCUUUUUUUGUGUGUGCCCUUGAGCUGUCUCCUUUGUUGUAAAAAUAAAUAAAUAAAUAAGGAACUAAACAACAGUAACACGAGGAGGAUAUUUUUCCAUCUACUGAAUCACUUAUCAGUCUGUUUGAAACCUUUAUAUCUGUCUAUCUAUCUAUGAGACCCCAAAUAAAAAAUAUAUACCAAUCUA